AUGGCCACUUGGCAUCGUCUCGAACGCCAUCAAACUGAAGGAGUACAAUCAGUAAUUCCUUGCCGUAAAUCCGUUCGAUUCCGCUAUUUCGACUUCGACGAGGCAGCCAGUGUAUUAGAAUCUGCUCUGAUGUCAGGACCACCGCCACCUCGGGAACAUUCUCCCCUACCGCCGGGGUUCUGGGGGAAUCUUGGUGAUAUGCCACUUGUUCGUGGAAGUCCAUCGGCACUACCAGUAAUAGCAAAGCCACAAAGACCCCGCAUGGGUACAGCUGAGUACCAACGGCGCUUCAGUUCAGAAUCCAUUCGUAGAAGGUCAUUAAUUGAUAAGGAGAUUCUGCAAGCACUCCAGUAUACUGGAAAACGAUUCGCAGAUUGUACCACAAUUAUUGGCAUUGUGAUGCUUGUUCAGCUGCAGGUGUUCGUCCGAAAAGACCCUACGAGGGAUUUUUUUCCGUACGCCGUCGACUGA